AUGGCCAAAGAUCAGUCUGCUCCUCCGAGAUAUCAUGUUAUCCUAAUUGGCAUCGACGCUUAUCCUGCGAAAUACAAGUCGUCGCUGAAGGGCUGUGUACGCGAUACACAGCAAAUCAGAUCAUUACUAGAACAGCAGCCUUUUCACAUCAACAUCCAAGCCCUGACAGCUACGCAAAGCUCUGAUAACAGCAUCACAAGACCAGUUGAAGAUUCUGACACGCUACCAACUGAUCAAAACGUGAUUAAGGCUUUCAGAGACCUGACCGACGCUGCUCAACCUGGAGAUUACAUCUACAUCCAUUACUCUGGCCAUGGCACCCGCAUCGCUCCUACCACCAAGGCGUUCUCCAACCAGCAUACUGGAGAUUUGGCUCUCGCCCUUCUUGGUGGUGAGAAUGGAGACGAAGUGAGGCCGCUUGGAGGGUACAGGCUAGCAGUUUCUCUAAACGCAAUGGUGUUGAAGGGUCUGGUUGUCACUCUGGUGCUUGACUGCUGUUUCGCAGCAAGUAUUUAUCGUUUGGACCGUCCCGAUAUUCGAUUCCUUCGAAUUGAUCCAGAUCUCGCAUCUGCAUACUUCGCCGACAAAAAUUCGUCAGAGCAAGAUGAGGAAGCGCCCAACUCAGACUAUCGUGAUGUGUCUAUGCUGCCAAGCUGGUUGAUAAACCCAAAUGGCUAUGCACUUCUUGCAGCUUGCGGUCCUCAUGAAGAAGCGAGCGAGAUCAUCCAUAAUGGAGAAUCGCAUGGUGCCUUGUCCCAUUUUCUAAACCUGAGUCUAAGAGACGGCGGGUUGAAUCGCAAACACAAGAACAUCUUUUACCGUCUCAGCUCCAAAUUUCGUGGCCACUCAAUCCAGCAAAAUCCUGCCUUGUAUGGGAACAAAGACCAGGGAUUCUUUGGUGAGAACAACUUUACGAACUCACGAUCGAUGGUACUUGUUGUGAGAAAUGGUCAGCAUUUUGCAUUGCAGGCGGGUCAGGCUCAUGGUGUAUCCGAUGGCGAUGAGUUCAUUCUGUACCCUUCCAGCAUCCUUGAGAGCAACGAGGCCUUUCACACAAAUCUGGUCAAAACAACGGUUGAAAGAGCUGGCCCUUUGACCAGCCUGUUACUCUUGGACGAUUCUACCGCUGUGACAUCUGAAAAUGACUGGGUUGCUGAACCACAAACGAGACGAGCUCUUGGCCAGUUCUCAGUUUCGUUCAGCGACAAGAUAUCUUCCCAAAAUACUUGGCCAGAAGCUUUGACAAGAUAUGGGAUCGCCCAAGCCGGCAAGCAGGCCUUGGCAUCCUGGUUUCAUGUCCAAGUUAUCAACAACGAAUACAGGAUUCUGACUCGAGAUGGUGAAGAAGUGAUGAACCUCCCUUCAUUGCCACAAAGCAAAACAACUGCAGAUGAUCUUGCUGCAGUUUUGGAGCAUUUAGCUCGAUACCAGCUUGUCAGAAGCCUCACAAAUCCAUUUGUGGAAGAGGACUUCCGAACAUCAUUCGACAUCAAUAUUGUCCGAGCAGGGGAUCACUUUGGUCCAGGCACUCUUGUCAACGUUGAACAAGAUGGAGGCAAGACAGCCAUGUUCGAGUUGAGGCUUCAGAACCACGGCACAAAAGUUCUGUAUCUGUACAUUCUUGACCUGGGUCCUCUUUGGCAGAUUGAGGAUAUCUAUUGCGGUAGCUACGCAGUGGUCCCUCCAUACAACCACAAUGAAAGAUUCAUGACAGGUAGCUUUACCAAGAAGUUCAGGACCAUGGUACCCGAUGAGCUGAGACAGAAAGGUAUUGAAGAGUGCCAUGAUACUCUCAAGGUAUUAGUCACGUCUCAACCAACUUCAUUUGACCUGCUGGAGCUUCCCAAGAUUGGUCAUACUCUCAAGAAGAGAUCACCAACCGACAAUGAUAGAUCUGGAGGCAGCUCUACUGAGCAGUGGAUUGCAUUUAGCUUUCCACUAAAGACUUCUCUAGCAGCAGACCUGAGAGUCUCGAAGACGGGUUGA